UAAACAAAAAAAAAAAAACGCCUGUACCCGCCUCAAGUGAAAUAUUUUCGAAAAAAUUCAAGACUUUGAUAUAAACCCAUAAUAAUAACCUGUCAUUUCCCAAGCUCUUGAAUUCUCUUUUAGUCUUUGUUCUUGAAAGAGUAAAAGGAAGAGAUCAUUAAUGGCUGAUAAUAAAGAAAAUUGCAACAGUGGUAGAGUUACAAGAUUAGCCAAAAAAAGGGCAGCAGAGGCAAUGGCUUUAAAACAACAAAGGCCGAAUAAGAAGAGAGUUGUUUUGGGUGAGAUUCAGAAUUUAACUAAUGUGGGUGUGAAGAAGCAAUCUAAGAGGAAGGUGAAAAGGGCUGUGGCUGUUGAGGAAGUGAAUUUAAAUGAUGAUGACCCUCAGAUGUGUAAAGCUUAUGUUUCUGAUAUUUACGAUUAUCUUCGUAAAAUGGAGAUUGAAGAAAAGAGGAGACCUUUGCCUGAUUACUUAGAGACAGUUCAGAAGGAUGUAAGUGCAAAUAUGAGAGGGAUAUUGGUGGAUUGGCUGGUUGAAGUUUCAGAGGAAUACAAGCUACUUUCAGACACCUUAUAUCUUACUGUCUCCUACCUUGACAGAUUUUUAUCAAUGAAUGUAAUCAGCAGGCAAAAGCUUCAACUUUUAGGCGUUUCCUCGAUGCUCAUUGCUGCGAAGUAUGAGGAGAUUAGUCCACCACAUGUUGAAGAUUUUUGUUACAUUACGGACAAUACAUAUACUAAAGAAGAAGUGGUGAAAAUGGAAGCUCAUGUGCUAAAAUCACUCAAAUUUGAGAUGGGUAAUCCCACAGUGAAAACAUUUCUCAGGAGAUUUACUGGGGUUGCUCAAGUAGACUAUAAAAGCCCCAAUUUACAGUUGGAGUUUUUGGGAUAUUACCUAGCUGAGUUAAGUAUGUUGGACUAUAGCUGUGUGAAAUUCUUACCUUCUUUGGUGGCUGCAUCUGUUAUAUACCUUUCGAGGUUUACAUUACGACCUAAUGAACAUCCUUGGAGUUUGGCUCUUAAACAAUACUCGGGAUAUAAAGCAUCGGACUUGAAGGAAUGUGUACUUAUCCUACACGACUUGCAAUUGAGUAGAAGAGGAGGUUCUUUAGUUGCCGUGAGGGACAAAUAUAAGCAGCAUAAGUUCAAAUGCGCGUCAAUGUUGACCUCUCCUGUGGAAAUACCAGCUUCAUUCUUUUGAGAUUAAGCUUCUGCUUGGACAUAUAGAUUAGAAAGUGCCAAAGAUUCUUGGAAAAAAUGGACUAUGUUCUUGGUUUUGCUUAACCUGGAUGUCUGGCUAACUGGCUUUAAGGAUGCUGAGGACAUUAGUUUUAGUUUUUGUUUUAGUAGAUUUUGCAGUCCUAGAAGGAAUCUGGUGCAAGAAGUUACUAACUGGUAGUAAGAUGGAAGUUGACAGAUUUUUUGUAGCUUGGUCAAGAAUUUGUAGAUGUUUGGCUUAGAACAAUUGAAGUUAUUGGUUCCUUUACAAGUCUUUUAUUCAGGAAAUGAUGUUUGGUAGUAUUUGUUUUUGAUAAAGAUACAAAUCUCUCAUGUAUAAAGUC